AUGUCUCUUAGACUACCAUUUACAAAGCUUGUUCACCAUCCCACAAAAAAUUUUUUGAUUCUCUGUUUUGGCGGUCAUUUUCAGGCAGUAGAUACCAGUACUGGAGCAUUGAUAGCAACAACACACUCGUUACAUUCAAUAAAAACUAUUACGAAUGCUUUUACAAUCCCAGAAAAUAGACUAGCAGAACCAGUAAACUUACUCCCUAGCCCUAAACAUGCCAUAAAUAGUGAAGAAGCGCAUACAGGACUUAUUCGUAGUAUCGCGUUUAAUGCGCAAGGCACCUGUAUGGCUUCAACUGACGAGGAUAAAGUUCUAAAGGUUUGGGAAUUGGAAGAAAAACAAUGGAAACUUAAAAAUUCCAGAUCAGUCGUGAAACGUGUAGUUUCUCUUGCUUUUGAUCAGACAGACGCCAAGAUUAUAGCGGCCGAUAAAUUUGGUGAUGUUUACAGAAGCUUUCCUAUAGAUUUACUUGAGAAUAAUGUCAAAGGAUCUUCACAAUUACUUUUGGGACAUGUUUCAAUGGUUACAGAUAUGGCGCUUACACCGACCAACAAAUACAUAAUAACAUGUGAUCGUGAUGAGCAUAUACGCGUCAGUCGAUACCCAAACUCAUAUAACAUUGAAUCAUUUUGUUUAGGGCAUACACAUUUUGUCUCGAAACUACAUAUAAUUCCAUGGGCAGCUGAUUUUCUAAUAUCAGGCGGUGGAGAUGAUUUUGUCGCAUUAUGGGAUUAUGUCCAUGGCACUCUAUUGCAAACUUUGGAUAUUAAACAAUUUGUUGUUAUUCCACGACAAGAGAGUAAGUCAAUGACUGUGGAUAAUGAAAGAAUAACGCUGGAUAAUGAAACAACAAUAGUGGAUGAAGAUAAAUCUAAAUUGGAAGAAGAAAUUAAUGAGGAAGGAAUUGCAGUUUCAGCAAUCACCAGUAGCGCCGUAUCACAACAUAUCGCUUUAAUAAUAGAAAAAUUCCCUGGAAUAAUAAUUUUGAGAUGGGAUCAGAGUCGCUUCGUUUACCAUAAUACAUUAGAAUUAGAAAGUGAUCCCCUAGAUAUUGCAUAUGACCUUUUUGGUAAUUUGUGGGUAUCGAUUACAACCUCAGGGAAUGACAAAGAAAAGGAGCGACCAACAAUUUUAAUAAAUUUGUUCAGAAAAACUGUUAAUGAUCACGAGUAUGAUAAAGCGGCAAAUGAUGAUCCAUUAGUAAAAGAAAUUAAUCAAUAUGGAUCGAUGUUAGUUGACGCUUUACCAGACUUGUAUCCAACUGGUCAACUCCGUAAAGCGGGGACUGACUGGCGCAUCCAACGUAAAAAUCAAGAUGAAGAUUACGGUGAUGAUGCAAGUAAUUUGGAAGGUGAUUCUGCUUCCUCCUUAUCAGAUUCGAUCAAAUCUAAAAGAAAGAAGAUCAAGACAAAGUAA